UCUCCUUUCACCCAAUGUAUGGGGACAGCCAGUGGGACAGAAUCUCUUCCCCAAGCAAGCGCCAUCCUCAGAGACCCACUGCACACCCGCCUUGAGCCUUGUUCCCUGGACCGACCCCUGGCAGCCCAUUUCUAGAGGGACUGUGUACAGUGGUCACAGUUACUAUGCCCUAGCCACAAGCACCCAUCAUGCCUCACGCUGUCACCAGCUUCUGUCACCCACAGAGGCACAUACCAACACUUCUCACCUACACCCACUGUCCCUCAUCUUGCUGCAUCCAACACUAGCUGUCACCCACAUCCGUGGCCACCUUCACUUACAUCCGCGGAUGCCCUUCCAUGCCCCGCCCUGCCCGUGACUAAUGGAGGCCCCGGUGCUGUGACCCAGCAGUACGGAAGAGGUGCUGUCUUUGGAGGAGAAGGACCUGAGGGACCGGGAGAGGCGCAUGGCCAAUAACGCGCGGGAGCGGGUGCGCGUGCGCGACAUUAACGAGGCCUUCCGGGAGCUGGGGCGCAUGUGUCAGCUGCACCUCAAGUCCGACAAGGCGCAGACCAAGCUGCUCAUCCUGCAGCAGGCUGUGCAGGUCAUCCUGGGCCUGGAGCAGCAGGUGCGAGAGCGCAACCUGAACCCCAAAGCAGCCUGCCUGAAGCGACGAGAGGAAGAGAAGGUGUCGGGUGUGGUCGGGGACCCCCAGAUGGUGCUUCCUGCUGCUCACCCCGGCCUGAAUGAUGCCCACAAUCCCGCUGGGCACAUGUGACAAGGACACGACGAGGGACCAGUCUAGCUCCAGGGCUCCUGCAUUCAGAUGUUGCUGGAAGGGUCCUGGAAUCUCCGUGGGCCCAGCCCAAGGUUCCACACACAGGGCUGCCUGGAGCCCCCGAGACACCUGGAGACCAGCCUGAAGGGGACAAAGGGGUCCAGGCGACCUGGCUUUCUGUUGUGAUCACCUUCAUCCACACUGGCUGGCCACUGGCCCCGCAAAUCCUGGCGCUGCAUCUUGGCCCCAGGGACCAGGCUGAAAGGGGCAUUUUUUUCCUUUUUUGGGGGUGGGGGGACAUUAUAAACAAGACCAGAAACCAACAAAAUAACACUUUGUCAGAAAAGAAAAAAAAAUGCCUUAAGUAUAUAAAGUUAUGGAGGACUCGAACAC